UUAUUUACGCUCGAACACCGAAAGUGGUAGCAACGCGAAACCGAAGAAGCUAAAACGUCCACAAAAACAUUUACGGAAAAUAAAAUAGAAAAAUACAAAAAUAGAAACUUAUUAAGUUGUAAAUCAGCAAAUAAAGUGUAAAUUAACUGAAAGUGCCUUUCAAGUGUGAUUAUUAAGCUGAUAAAGAUAAGCAAAACAGUUGGAAAGUAAUCUCAACCCAACAAUAAAGACUUCACAUGGUUAUCAGCGGCAUAGAAGACAAGUGCUAUUGUGACUUUGCAGCACCCAAUAACAAUUAAAAAUAUUUUUAUAAUAAAAAAACAACUUUUUGCAAGCACAUUUGGCAUUGCAAAAGCAUUUUUACAAUAGACUCGAAUUCGAAAAGCACCACUUCAAAUUAUAUAUAAACCAUAACAAAAAUGGAGGAGAAACAUGAUAUUCCGAAAAUCAUCGGUGUCAGUGACAUCACAGAAAACAAGAAGAUAUGGCGCGCUCUUAUAGGCGAGUUCAUAGGCACAUUCUUCUUGGUCGCCAUCGGUGUUGGAAGUUGCACGGGCGGUGAUGCCUACUCACCAUCGGUGCCUCAGAUUGCCUUCUGUUUCGGUUUGGUGGUGGCCACCAUGGCGGUGGGUCUGGGUCACAUCAGCGGUUGUCACGUUAAUCCAGCUGUCACCAUUGGUUUCCUUAUUGUCGGUGAAAUGAGCAUUCUAAAGAGUUUACUUUACAUCAUUGCUCAACUUGUUGGUGGUAUUGCCGGUGCAGCGGUUAUUAAGGGCGCCGUAACCGAUGAAGUUGCCGGUGCCAAUUUGGGUGUCUCUAUGUAUGCUACCACCCUCGAUUCCGGUCGUGUGGUGCUUAUUGAGGCUUUGAUCACCUUCAUUUUGGUCUUUGUUGUUAAAGCGGUAUCAGAUCCUGGACGCACAGACAUUAAAGGCUCAGCACCGCUGGCUGUUGGUCUCUCGAUUGCCGCGGGACAUUUAUGUGCUGUCAAAUUGACUGGCGCCAGCAUGAAUCCAGCGCGUUCCUUUGGGCCGGCUGUGGUACAGAAUGUGUGGACCGAUCAUUGGGCUUACUGGGUUGGCCCCAUUGUUGGAGGCAUUGUUGCUGCAAUCAUCUACCGAUUUGUCUUUAAGGUGCGCAAGGGCGACGAUGAAGAUCACUCUUACGAUUUUUGAAGAGUGAAAACUCUCACAACACAAAAAUUACAUAAAAUGAGUUGAGCGGCAAAAAUGCAAAGAUCGCUUGUGCACUCGCUUACAACAACUGCACACGCGCACAUACAUGAAAUACACACGCAUAUUAAAUGCAUGUGCUUGCGUAGGCAUAUGUAUGUAUGUACAUAUGUUUGUUUUUGAUUUUUGUUUAUGAGAACUUAUUUACGUAUGUAUCGUAUGUUCAAUAUUUAUGUGCUGAAUAUAUGCCUGGCGCAUUGAAAAGAAAGAAAAAAAAACGAAAUGCGAUUGUUGUGUAUGCGCGCCGCCGCCUACACUUGUAUUAAAUAUGUUUGUAUGUCGGUAUUGAAUAAUUUUAAUUUUAAUUAGCGAAAUAAGCACCGUUUACAUAUGUAUCUGUUUGCAUAUAUAUUUAUGUACUUAUAAAUAUAUAUAUACUUGCAAUUCACAUGCCAAAUGUCAUUCAUCGUCAACUCUGCCGUUGAACGCUUUACACUCAUCACUCAUACAUCACUCAAAAAAAUAUUUCUACGCAUACAUACAUACUUACACGUAUAAUCAACAAUUCAUUUAACUGCUGUAAUUCAUUCAUUCCCGCCGCCCAAAGAUGCCUUAGCAAUGCAAGUAUUUUAAGAAAAUCACGAUAAAACAUUGAUGAAAAUAAAAAUUAAAUUUAAUGUAUAUUUUUGAAAAAAAAAAGUUUAAAUUUUUGUCAAUAUUACAACAAAUAUUUGUAUUUACGGCUUUUGUCAACUGUCAAAUUUUGUAUAUUCAGCAGAAAGAAUGGCGUUACUCGCCAACGCACAUCAGCUAAGUUGCCUGUGGUAAUUAAGAAUUGCUUCCAAAUGUUUUUGUAAUUUUAUAUGUGAACGUUUGAAAAUAUUUUUUUUUUUUUUU